AUGGCGAUUCAUAGCGACUAUCCCGGUUUGACGGUACAGAUCAUAUGUGGUGGCAAGCCUAUUGAGGAACACGUGAAUGAAGAAGACGAGGAGCGGGAUGAGCCUAAGACUACGACACGAUACGUCGAGUGCCAAUCAAAUACGGAGUUCGCAAUUAAGACUACCUUCAGGCCACCCUUUGCUCCGCUGGAUUUGGCAAUACACGUUCAUCUAGAUGGGAUCAAAGUGAACGGACUGAUAGUACACAAGCACCAGAUGCUAAAUGAAACCUACGUUAAGUCAGCGACCAAGUGGAAAGAAGGCCAGAAAUGGCGGGCGUCUAAAUUUGUCUUCUCAGACCUCAACGUGGUACAAGAAGAUAGUGAGACAUUAGCGGAAAAAAAUAUGGAUGCACUGAGUCAAGUGGGCACAAUCUCUGUUGUGAUUACCCCAAUUCUGAGCAUGCUGAAAGAACGAAGACCAAAAGGCCGGAAGCGAGAACUGAAAGAGUUUGGAAUGAUCUCCGAAGAAACUGUUAAAGGUGAUGUGCGUUCCCAUGUAAUAGGGCUUGCACCAGCUCUAGCCAUAAAAGCGCCCAAUAAGUACAGUACUAAAGAAGCUAAAGAGCCUUUGGUAACGUUUCGAUUCAAAUAUCGUUCGAUCGCCGCACUCAAAUCUCUCGGCAUCGUUUCUCGCUCACUAAGCCCCUCUCAAGAUACACAACCGGAGUCAAUCACGAAGGGAAAUACAACCAAAUUAUCUCCAGAUUGUUGCCACCGCGAUACUUCAUCUAUCGUCACUUCCCAGGCAGAGACUGCCAGUAUCACGCCAGGUCUACUCCAACAAAGCCCCACUCCCAUCAAUCAACGCAUGCAGUCCGGUCUUACGAAGAAAGACAUACUGGUCUUGAUCAAGCAUUAUCGCGGCAGUAGUGCUGGUCUAGAGGGUCUUCCAGAGAAGGAUCUCGCCAUCUUGCUCAGCUCUUACCGGGGUGAUAAGCCAAAUGAAACCCCCAUAAAUCAAGAACCUGUCCUCUCUGAAAGCAGAGCACGCAUCAAGCGUGAGCUUGUUGGGGACAGCGUUGCCCGUGGAAAAGGAAAGAAGCGCAAGGUGGAAAUCAUAGUUUUGGAUGACUGA